AUGACUUCUUUAUGGCCACGUUUCCGUGGUCACGGUGGUGACACCAAGCCCGCGGUUACACAAGAGAGGUUGCAGCACCUUGAAAACGUUGAGGUGCAGUUUCAGAAACUCGAAGCCGAAAAGCAAGAGUUAGAACGGAAAAUCCAGGACCUCGAAGAGAAAGCCAAAAAGGAGGAAGAUUUAAAACAACUACAAGAGCAAGAAUCUGCGAAAGGCAAAGAUGACGACUCAAAAUCGCUUGAGAGAAUUGUCCAGUCACUCGAUGCAGUAUUUGACAGCUCAAUUGAAUGGGCGCGUGAGUACUUUGAGAUCGACGUCAAAGGCUUCAAGAUCGACAAGUUCCCGCAGUUUAAGGUAGAGCUUGGUUGGGUCACGUGGGACGAUAGCUGGAGGACGAAGGACCACUUGAAUGUCAGCCAUCUCGUCCAAGCAGUGGUUGCGGACCGCUUGGCUAUGGAGUUCUUUUGGCCCGGUGCGCACGGGAAACCAUUCCAAGGGUGCGAAGAGGGAUUCCAGAAAAGUUGUAAUGAGAUAUUCCAAGUUCUGCUCAAGGAAGAUAGAGGAAAGGCGCACAGAUGGCGAGCCACGACUUUAUCAGCAUACGAAAGGUCUGGAGUGUGGUGUCCUACGUCUACCACUUCACCUACCCCUCCUUCCUCCCGACCAGGGUCACAUAAAGAUGUUGCCCAAUCUGCAGCCUUUUACCGUGAUCAACACUAUGACCGUAUUGUCACGUCAAUCGAGCACGCUGUCGGACCAAUAUCACAAAAAUAUUUUCCACAACGGAACGAAGCAGAAAGGCUUCAGAAGUGUAAAGAGUUUGUCAGGACAGCGGGCGAAUUAGCAUUUGAGCUGUCGAAAUAUCCGGCAGAAGUAAGGGUUUUGGAGAAGCAAUGGUUCGACGCUAAGUGUGCACGUACAUUUGUGUGUGGAAACGAACACAUGAAAGAAUCAUCUGGAGAGCAUGUCGAUCCUGAGGAAAAACUGCCGAUAGACAUCAUUCUUAGGCCUUGCUUGAAACAACAUGGAGACGAGCAAGGCGAGAACUACGACAAAUCAUCUGUCUGGAUUCCAGCUCUCGUGGAUGUUAAAAGACCUACAAAUCCUAUUGUCCUCGCUGCUUAG